AUGGGGCUGCUUCUUCGAGCUUCAUGCUCCGCCUCCUUGUUAUCGUCAGCCGCCUCCGCCAAGGUCGCGCGCCUCACCACCCUCGCCCUCUUCUCCCCGACCCCGAAGCCCAUCAACCCGAGAGCCCGCGCCCCGCUGCCCAUCUCCAUCUCCAUGGACCCGGCCCUCGUCGACCCGGCCCACCUCCAGGCCCUCAUGCUCGCCUGCGCCCACUCCUGCGCGCUGCGCCUCUCGCCGGCUGCGCCGGCCUCCCCCGUCGAGCCGGUCGACCUCGGCAAGCUGCGGACGGCGAUCGCGCACAGCUUCAUCGUCGUGUCCGUCUUCUGCGGCGCCAGGUACUUGACGGACGCCGGGGAAGGGGAGGGGGAGGAACAGAGGUUCUUGGGACUGGGCUUGGACCUCGGGCUAGGGCGGCAGGGGGAGCAGCGGCUUGUCGGAUUCGGGCGCGCCGUUUCCGACCUCGGGCUCACUGCCUCGGUCCAUGACGUCGUGGUACAUCCAUCACUACAGAGGAGAGGAAUUGGCCAAAAAAUAGUGGACAAAAUUACAAGCGUACUUCAUAGCAGAGGUAUAUAUGACAUUUCCGCAUUAUGUACAGAAAAGGAGAGGUCGUUUUUUGAAGCUUGUGGUUUUGGUGAUGAUAUGAUGGGUUCAACAACAAUGUUGUAUACCAGAAACGUGCAAAUGCUGUAUAAUAAAAACACGCACAAAUAGAGUACAUACAGAGAAUCGCCAAUUUGCAAUGAUUGGUCGACACGAUGGCUUGUCUGUUGGUGUUUACUCUUGCUGUUUGAAAGCACUACUACCAGCAAAAUGGGUAUCUUGAGAUGUCAGUGAUCUCAGUUUGCCCACCUAUUGGAGAUUUGGAGGGAGUAACCACAAGAUGAGUUUGGAGAAGCCAUUGUAUAUCAUAUUAAUAUGUGUGCAAGAUAGGCAUUUUUCAGUGUUCAGCUCAACAUCUGUUUAAAACUUCAAAUUACCACUGGCUGUAAAACAUACUGUAAUUCGAGAGAUACAUGUGUAUAAACUGAAUGUUUCUACUGAUUCAAAUAUUUACCAGUUCAACAAAUUUUUAGGA